GGCCCUGGUCUAAACACUUGGGUGAUCAUGGAGCCGUCUCGGUGUAGUUCCUCAGCUCUGGGCCGCUUACGCUUCAACAACACCGUUCUGAAGACGCUCCCAGUGGAUGACUCAGAGGAGCCCGGGUCCCGGACGGUCCCUGCCGCAUGUUUCUCCCGAGUCCGUACUCUGAAGCCCCUGGUUAGUCCGACCUUUGUAGCCCUGUCCCCGGCGGCGCUGGCUCUGCUCGGCCUGAGUAUUCAGGAUGUGUGGAGUAAUCCCCUGAGCCCGGAGUAUUUGAGCGGCUCCAGGCUGCUGCCGGGCUCCGAGCCGGCAGCACACUGUUACAGCGGACACCAGUUUGGCCUGUUUGCGGGGCAGCUGGGGGAUGGAGCGGUGAUGUACCUGGGUGAGGUGGAGUCGGAGACGCAUGGUCGAUGGGAGAUUCAAGUGAAAGGUGCAGGAGUCACACCUUAUUCAAGAGAUGGUGACGGCAGGAAGGUGCUUCGCUCCAGCAUCAGGGAGUUCCUGUGCAGCGAGGCCAUGGCUGCUCUGGGGAUAUCCAGCACCCGUGCAGCCUCCCUGGUGACCUCUGACCUCUACAUCACCAGAGAUCCACUGAACAAUGGUAGGCGAGUUUCUGAGCGCUGCUCAGUCGUACUGCGUCUCGCCCCGUCCUUCAUCAGAUUUGGAUCUUUUGAGAUCUUUCAAGGCCGAGAUGAUUUUUCAGGCCUGCAGGGUCCCAGUGCAGGGCGGCAUGACAUCCGCGCUCAGCUGCUGGAUUAUGUGAUCGAAAAUUUUUAUCCCUGCAUCCAGCGGACUCACACAAACAGAAAGGACAGAAAUACGUUGUUUUUCAAAGAGAUCAUGAUGCGAACGGCAAAGCUAGUGGCCCAGUGGCAAAGCGUUGGUUUCUGCCAUGGUGUCCUCAACACAGACAACAUGAGCAUCCUGGGUCUUACACUGGAUUACGGUCCCUUUGGUUUCAUGGACAGGUUUGAUCCUGAUUUCGUUUGCAACGCCUCGGACAAAAGAGGUCGUUACUCAUACCAAGCCCAGCCGUCAGCAUGCCACUGGAACCUGGCUCGCCUGGCAGAGGCUUUGGGCUCUGAGCUGAAUACCGCUGAAGCAAAGGCCACCCUGGAUGAAUUCAUGCCCACAUACAAAGCCUUCUACCUGGGUAUCAUGAGGAAAAAGCUGGGACUUGUGAGGAAAGAAGAGGAAGCUGACAGCGAGCUCAUAUCAGACCUUCUGGGACUCAUGCACAACACUGGUGCAGAUUUCACAAACACUUUCCGCCUGUUGAGCCGUGUCCCCUGGCCUGAAGAGAGCGACAGUGGGCAGGCCGCUGUGGGGCCAGUCGUGGACCUCUUCUUAGAGCAGUGUGCUUCUAUUGAGGAGCUAAAGGUGGCUAAUAAGCCAACAAUGGAGAACGGUGAAUUGGCGAUGAUUCUGUCAAUGGCACAAACAAACCCUGUCAUGUUUGGGAUAGUAGCGGACAGUCCAGGUGUGUCCGAGCAACUUAUCAGGAUGGGACGGCUUAAGGAGCUUCUCAGCACGGAUCAAGACGAGCUGAAGGACAAGCAGCGAGAUGACUGGAUUCGCUGGAUUAGCCGAUACAGGAGGCGUUUAUCCAGGGAGUGUGACGGCACAGGGGACUUGUGUCUCAUCAAAAAGGAGAGGAUCAGUGUGAUGAACAGCACCAACCCCCGUGUCGUCCUGCGGAACUACAUUGCCCAGAAUGCAAUUCUGGCUGCAGAAAAAGAAGACUUCUCUGAGGUCAACAGGAUCCUCAAAGUUCUGCAGAAACCGUAUUCUGAAUCUGACGCUCUGACACAGACUUUGGAUGUCAAUAAACCGGCUACCCACUAUGACAUGAAACCACCUGCCUGGGCCAAAACAAUUUGUAUCACCUGAUCCACAUAGAGCCUCCAAAACAGGUGGAUGGAGAAGGUUUGUUCCCUCUGAUGGACUGCCUGGGUCCAAAGUUUCAGAGAAAACUAGAUCAGACUUUCUCACCUGCAUCCUCUGGGGAGGUUUUCGCAUAUGUCAGUGUGUUUCAGAGUUCAUCAGUAAUCUCUGUUAGUGUGAUCAUAAUGCUUUUAUUACAGUGUUUAAAAUGUGUGAGGGAGACAUAAUCUGAUAUAAUGGACAUCCCUACAAGUAGUUGAUGAUUUAUGCUGAUGACCGAUGACGACUCAGAUGACUAGUCACACAAAGACCUGUCUGAGUCUGAAACACCAGGAACUCACUGACGCGUGUUACUCACAGAUAAUUAGAUCAUAUCAGAUCAACAGUAAUACAACAAAUUUAAUUCACUAAAAAAUACAUUUAAUCAAAUUUUAAACUGGUUUCUAAGGCCUGAUGUUACUACAGUACAUAGAAUGGUUGUGCAUUUUGUUCAAAGAAAACAAAAAUAGAAAAUGACUUACAUUUCUUUUCUUGCUCUUGGAAAUGCAUUCAUUUGCUUGCCAUGAGGGUUUCUCACUUCUUUGCAGCAGUUAGAAUUAAACAAAUAUCAUAGAUUUUCCCCACAAACAUGUCUUAGAGGUUGAAUUUAUCAAGAAUAGAAUUUAAAAAUGUUUUAAAAAGUGGGGUUUUUUUUAGAAUUAUUUGUCAUUUUGAGGUUAAUCUUUCAAUUUUGGGGGCUUUAAAUGUCAUCAUUUAAUCUCUUUAUCCUAUAAGACACUUAACAAUAGUAUCAUAAUUUGUGUAUGAAAUCUUAUGCAUGAUUUAUGGGCAAACAUUUAAUUUUGUAAUCAAUAAAAUGUAAUUUAGAAAGAAAUCCUGAGGUCCUGUUAAAGCUCCUGUGAGGAACUUUCUGACUUUGGCUGACCACACACUAGAAGACUUUUAGAUCCUAAGAGACCACACACAUGAGGGAAGUUCUGAGAGAUUUUUAACACACUAUCCUCUGAACACACACAAUUUCAUAACACAGCUAGAACACAAUGAUAACAUUUGUGUUACAGACAGCUGUAACGUGAGCUCUCAGAAAGUUGCGUGACCAAACGUGACUACAGAAGAUAAACAAACAUGGAGGGAGAUCAACAUCGUCAGCUGUCCUGGCAUGUGUCCUGUUUACAGUAAUAAACAAGAAUAAGAACAUGAGUGAAUAAUUCCAGAAGCUGGUUUUCUGUUGUGAUAUUCCACUUGACUCAGAGUGCAUUUGUGUUUACACUCACUGCCAUGUUUGUGAGCUGUAAAAGUACACAUCUGGUUGGUGAUGCUUCCCAGUAUGCUCCUUUUUAUUGGUUAUGUAGGCUUUUUGUCAGAUUGGAGGCAGUCCAACCUGCAAUCAUAAAUAUCAACAUGUUUGAUGUUUGCAGUCAGGUCGGGGAGGCUCCGAUGCUUGAGGAUCAGUAAAAGAGUCUUAUUGACGGCACACACUUGGGGAUUAUUUCAACCAAUGAUUGGUUAUGACAAGCCCCAGGUUAGGGCAUUGGGGAUGUUAAAUUGUCUCGUCUGUGGCCAGCCUUAGUUGACUUUAGCACCUCUAUGAACAAAUAAAAGUACCUCUUUGACGAUC